AUGAGUUCCAAAUACUUCGUCAAGUGCCAACUGAGGAUCCGCCUGGGCGAAGACCUGGAGCGCCUCACCCUGGAGCCCCGCAUCCCUACUCUGAACGGCCUUCCUGAGCCCCUUCCCGCCACUAUUCUCAGCCAUGCGCUCUCUCGUCGCCGCGAUGGUUUCCUGACCAGCAUCAUGACCACAGCAAAGAUGAACACAAAAACCACUUCUGCUCGUCCCUGUCCCAACUUCCUCCUCGUCAACAAGAAAUUCCACCGUGUAGGCAAGCAAGUCUGGCUGACCACCGACUUCUGCCACAUCUACGUCAACUCGUGGACACCCUUGCACAGAGGCCUGAUCUCCUCUGCCCGCGACUUCCCUUUCUUGGUCAUGACUAUUGACAUCCGUCGUGGCGAGCGUAGCCUUGGGGAGAAGCUCAUUCCCUCUGCUUUCGGAGCAAAGUUGCGUGAGUCGCUUCAGGAGAUGAAGAGUCUGGAGGUCCUUCUCAUACGUGUGUGGCAUGGACUUGGCAGUCUGGGUCCUGUCUCGGAGAUCAUCAUGAACAACUUUACCGGCGUCAAAGUUGGCCAGGCCGUGAACAUCGCAAGUAUCGUCAAUACUUCCCAUUGCAUUGAUGGAGAUCGCGGUUGCCCUGGCUUGCUGUCUGAGUCUUACAUGGAGAACUUUGUGUCUCAUUUUCUUCACUUACCACUGAAGGAUAUUCCUAAGCCUACUACAGCUUACCUCGACGACACUGAGCCUCUGCUCAAGAUCCCUAUCUGGCGUGGCUACUCUGCUGCUCUCGAGACCGUUGACAGCGUCUGGCUGCCUGCUGUGAAGGAACCCGGAGAGGAACAGGACGAGGUAGCUAUCAAGAACAAGGACGAGAAGGAAGAAAAUGAAGAAGGUGCAGAGAAGGAUGAGACGAUGGCCGAAUCGUUCAGGGAUUCCAUGAUGAAUAUUCCCUGGGUCAAGGCUGCUGCUAGAGCUGCAAAGAGACAGCAGAAGGCUGGAAAGAAGAAGCAAAAGAAGGAGAAAAAGAACAAGAAGAUCUCGGUGGGCGAGAAGGAAGCUGAAGGGUCUUGA